AUGAGUUACACGUACCAACAAAAGUUGGAAUCAAAUGCCAUCACAGAAAACAAACCGGAGAGCAAAAGCUGGCAAGGGGGGCCAACUCGGGGUGCCGUUGGGUCAGACCAAGUCUUCCCCAGUCCAGCCCCUUCUCUGCCCCUCGGGCCCGCGUCUGGGAAGAGAGCAAAGUUACCGCGUCGCCGGAGUCCCCGGCUCCUCGCACUGUCCCUGGGGCUCGCCCUCCGCAGAGGGCCUGGAGGCUCCGCGGGCGCCCUCCGGAGGCGUCGAGCCCCUAGCGCCAGAGGGGGGCCCCACGCGCGCCCACCAGCCCCCGGAAGUUUGCGAACUCACUCCCCCACGGCGCCACGCGGGACGCGCGCCCCAGCCGUGCCAGCUCGGGCGGCAAGGUGGCCGUGCGCGGAGGGCCGCGGCGGCGAAACGGCCCAAGCGCAGAAAUCGCUGUCCAGCCCCAUUGGCGGAAACGCCCGGGCCCCAGGGCUGACUCAACCCGCCCGGCCGCACUCAACGGCGCCUUCCGGCGAAGGGAGAGGCCGGAGAGGGAGGGGGACGGGAGGGCCGCAAGCAGGCGAGGGGCUGCCGCGGGACCUGAGAGCAGCAGGAGGGCGAGGAGGAAGUUUCAGGACUAGGGCCCCAAGCAGCUCCACUCCCCGGCCCCAGAACCCGAUUCUAAGGCGCAUAGGGGCCCGCGCGGAGGUGGAGGCCGGCCUCCACUGGGGAAGGGGUUCAGGCGCCGCGCCGCUCCCCACGGACGCCCCCGGCCCAUCCCCCGGGCCGCACCAGUGUAACCCGAUCCCGCUCGGCCACCCGCCCCCGCCCGGCGCGGCAGCCGCCGCCGGAGCCACAGUAUCUGCAAAUCAGCCCUGGACAGCGCCUCGCUCCGCGUCCUUCCGCGCCCUCCCCCUCCCGCGGGCGCCGCCGCCGCCACUACCGCCCGGCCGGCCCUCCCCCACCCCCGCGAGCGAGCCCCCAGCCUCGCGCCACGCUUACCGGCCUUCCUCUGCGAGGAGGGACUGGGUACCCGGCGUCACCGCUCCUUCUCCGACUACUUUUCUUUGUUGCUGGAGUUUCGGGGGAGGGGAGAGGGAGAGUGGAAAAGUUGGGCGCUGGGGCCGUCGAAGCCCGCGAAGGCCCAGGAGUGGGGUUGCAGAGAGUACUCAGACUGCCGGCUAUCGCCCUGCAGUCCCGGCCGCCACCACCGCCGCCGGGGUCUGGGGCCCGGGGCCUCGGCGGCGCUUGCUCUGUUGCUGCGCCGCGAGCUCGCGGGAGCCGCACAUUCCAGCACAGGAGGCUGCGCUGCGCACCCAGCCCGCGCCGCCGCUGCCUCCCGCGGGACACGCCUCCUCCUCCGCCCGCGCGCGCCCGCGGGACACGCCCACUCUACCGCCCGCGCGCGUGGCCGCCUGGCGCGCCCCGCCCCUUGGCGAAUUGGGUAGCGCUGAGCCAAGGCUGGGCUAG